GCGACGGGCUUAUGAAUGCGGAGGCCGCGCGCUCCCGGCUUCCCCCGCCCUCUCCGCGUGCGCCUGCGCACCUGCGGCCUCGCAAGCCUGAACGCGUGCGCAGCUGCCGCCCAGCUGCCUGGCGCCGAGAGGACGCCGAUGUCCGGACCGUGAGGCCCACGCCGCCAGGACCGCGGGGAGGGGGGGAACCCUGCCGCCAACACGCAGUAGAGCUGUCGGUCUGAGUUGUGCACGUGUGGGCGCCCCCCGCCCGUCCGCCUGUAUAUGCACCUGUGGGCGCCGGGAGCAAGGUGUGCAGCGGAAGGGGGCCCCCCUGCGACAUGUCCUCUUGCCGGCCGGCCCAGUUUUGCGUCGGAUGCCACGGAGGGGUGCAACUUGGGCCCCAGGGGUUGCACUGACUCCUGCGUGGCGCUCCGUGGGUGACGGGGCCAGACCAGAAGCCUUGCUGUGUGUCCCAUACCGCAUCGCUUCCACAGUAGCGAAGCAUUUGUGAGCUUGCGGGGAGUGGGCUGGGCCACCAACCCACUGGCGAGGGUGACAAUGAAGGGAAACAUCCCCAGGGGGAGUUGGGAGGCCAGAAGGGGAGCCCUGGGGCUCACUAUCAGUUACCGGCCCCGAUAGGGAAGGACGUAGGGGUUACUCCCGCAGCUCAGGCAUCACCCUGAAUUCUCCAGUGGACUUGGAUCCGUGAAAAGAUCCCUCCCAGCCUUCUUUCUCAGUGAAAUAAAGUUCCUUUGCUUUGUCUCUUGGGGGCUUGCUUGUGGUUUCACUGUAGCUUGUGCGUUCUGAGUGGUUACUCCCAAAUAAACACGCUUUUGCCAGUGAAAUAACUGGGUUUUCUUCUGCAAGUUGAUAGAAAAAAUGAGGGUGUACGAUUCCCAGGUCAAGGGCUUGCGUUGGCCCCUUACUGCUCUCAGGAGGGGACAGGGCCUGGGAUAGGAUUUGGUGAGCUCAGUACUCAGGGCUACUGAAAGAGCAGUUCCCGGUUCCAUGUUUCAGAUGGGGAACAUGCUGAUUUCCCAGGUGGAGAUUAUUUCCCAGUGUCUUCUCAAAGGCCUGCCCACAUGGUCAGAGCCUAUCUGUUCUGGAAGGCUUUCUCACAGACUAGGCUCCCCACCAAGGUGGCACCACAGGUUACAUGGGUCUCUGGUCCAGAUCUUCCUGAUCUGUACUCUGCGGCUAGUUCCAUGAGUUUUAGAUCCUAAGAGACCUGAUGGUGGGUCAAAGUCAAAAGUCCCUGCGCUCUUGGGAGAUCUGGCCUGGACAGCACUAUUCGAGAAGGGAGAAAGGAACAAUUCCUACAUUCCUGCCAAAGCCUCAGCUUUGGGGAAACAGUCAUCAGAAGUUUGGUUCCCAGCCUAGUGCUGCUCGGGUGUCAGCUGACAGACACUCCCAAGAUGGGCUUCAGGGACUUGCCCCAGGUCCAGACUACCUAAUCCUUCAACUCCGAGCAAAGGCCAUAUGGUACAGGAUCCCAUUGGGCCCUGACCCAGGGCUGUGAUUGGCCUGAGCUGGACAAUGCCACUGUGAGGUCGGCCCACUCCUGCUGUGAAAUGGAGACUCCUGAUCCCUGGGAGUCAGUGGAGCUGCCAUCCGGACACAGAUCAUGAGUGGUGGCUAUGAUCUCAACCUCUUCGCCAGCCCUCCCGACUGCAACUUCCUGUGUUCUGUGUGCCAUGGGGUUCUCAAGAGGCCGGUGAGGUUGCCAUGCAGCCAUAUCUUCUGCAAGAAAUGCAUCCUCCGGUGGCUAGCCAGACAGAAGACCUGUCCGUGCUGCAGGAAAGAGGUGAAAUGGAAAAAGAUGGUCCACGUAAAUAAACUCCGCAGGACGAUUGGCCGCCUGGAAGUCAAGUGCAAGAACGCAGAAGCAGGCUGCUUGGUGACGUGCCCCCUGGCCCAUCGAAGGGGGCACCAGGACUCAUGCCCUUUCGAGCCGACGGCCUGCCCCAACGAAGGCUGCACGGCACGGGUGCCACGUGGGGCUCUGGCUGAGCACCGGCAGCACUGCCAACGUGGGGCCCAGCAGCAGUGCCCACUGGGCUGUGGGGCCACCCUGGGCCCUGCGGAGCGCGCACACCACAACUGCUACCGUGAGCUGCGCGACGCCUGGAACCAGCGUCAGGAGCGCAGCCGGAUCCUGGUGCUGGGCCUGCUCCGGCGCAUGCGUAAAGUGCAUCGCACCACCAAUCUCAUCCGCAGGCAGCUGGCCCAGCUCGGGGACUUCCUGGAGGAAGACAACGCGCUGCUCAUGGGAGCCCCGCAAGGGGAGGCCGAGGCCACCCCAGAAGGCAGCAUUGGGGCCGAGGUUGGGGGGCCCAGGGCCACGGUACCGUGUAAAUUGAGGGGAAAAUAAACGCAGAUCCUAGGCCUGGCCCGCCCCGCCGCUUCUGUGCCUGCCGGCCUCACAGCUUUAUCCCAUUUGCCACCCGCCCCCGCCUGCCAGGUACUACUGCCUUCACCACGCGGGGACACUGGCCUUUCUCCCUGGCCCGCUCCUGCCCAGAAGGCUCUUCUUGCUCUCCGUUUGCCUGCUUUCUUUUCCCUCGGAUGCGUCUUCCUCACAGAGGUUUUCCCUGAUCCCCUCCCAGUCUUCUUCCUGUUACCUCUACCAAGUCUGUUAACCAACUUCCCAGUCAACGCCAACUGCUCAAAGCUCUCAACUCCUAGGGGAAGCCCACGCCUCAGAGGGAAACCCCAUUAUCUCUGAUCUCCUGCCCGUAUGGUCUCAGGACACCCUGUAGCCACAAGCACUGUCCCCCCCUCCAAGCAGCCACAGGCGUCCCCGCUCUACUCGGGCGACACCUUACCUUUCCCACCGCCCCAUUUAAAAGCGCACCUCCUGCACUCCGCCCCGUCCCGUUGCCGAGAUCUGUUCUUUCCACAGCACGAAUCGCCCGCCGCUCCUGACGACUCCUUGCCAGACCUCCCCCAGCCCUCUCUCCUCUAGCACGUCUAGAAGAGCGCUUUG